AUGUCUGCCAACCUGGACAAAUCUCUUGACGACCUCGUCGGCAGCCGUCGCCAGAACGCUCGCCGCCGUGGCGCCGGUCGCCGCACUGCCGCGAAGCCUUCGGUCGGAGGCGUGAAGAAGUCCUCCCUGGGCACCAAGGCUACCGCUAAGGCUGCUCACCCUACCCCCGCUACCCCGACUGCUUCCAGCAAGAUCAUCGUGAGCGGACUGCCUUCCGAUGUGUCUGAGGGUAAUAUCAAGGAAUACUUCACCAAGUCUGCAGGCCCCGUCAAGAAGGUGAUGCUCACUUACAACCAGAACGGUACCAGCCGUGGUAUCGCUUCGAUCAUCUUCGCCAAAGCCGACACUGCCAUCAAAGCUGCCAAGGAGCUUAACGGACUCCUCGUUGACGGCCGUCCGAUGAAGAUCGAAGUUGUCUUUGAUGCCUCCCACGCCCCUGCCGUUCCCGCUCCCAAGCCACUCACCGAGCGUGUUGCUCAAAAGUCCCAGCCCAAGCCCGCGACUGCCCCUAAGUCUGCCCCCAACAACGCCAAGGGCCGUGGCGGUCGUACCGCUGGUCGUGGUCGCCGUGGUCGCAACCCAGGCCGCGGUAAGCCCAAGACUGUCGAGGAGCUCGAUGCGGAGAUGGUCGACUACUUUUCGAACGAGAACGUUCCUACUGAGGGCAAUGCUCCCGUCAACGGUGCUGCUCCUCAGGCUACUAGUGGCGAGGACACCGGCAUGGCGGAGAUCUCUUGA